CUCGAAUAGAAAAGGCUGAAAUAGCGAUGAAGGCCACACAGUGAAGUGUGAAGUGUAAAAAAAGAAGAGAAAGACAUCUUUUAAUAACAAUGAUUACGAAAAGUAAAAAUGAUUUGAAGGGUGGCAGAUCUGGUAAAUAUUUUAUAAAUUCAUCAAAUAGUCUAGAUAACAAAAAUAGAAAUUAUAAUGAUAUAAUUUUGUAUACGUUACUUCUUACUGGGUCAUUAAUUGGAAGCCGAAAAAUAUAUGGCAAAUACUUCAAGAGAAUUAGUAGCUGCCAUGAUAUUCCUCAAAAGUAUUUCCAUAAGAGGUUUUUAUCAGGAAAAGUAACAUCGGUUGGAGAUGGAGAUAAUUUUCAUUUUUUUCAUACGCCAGGUGGUAUCAUAGGUGGAUGGUAUUGGUUGAGAUUUCCUGGAACAAAUCGAAAAGAAUUAAAAAAUGAAACAUUGCAUAUUAGAUUAUGUGGUGUUGAUGCGCCAGAAAGAUCACAUUUUGGUAAACCAAGCCAGCCAUUUUCAGAUGAAAGUUUAAAUUGGUUGAGAAAUUAUAUAUUGAACAAAAAAAUCUGGAUCAAACCCUUGAGAAUCGACAUGUAUAAUAGAGUUGUCAGUAAGGUUAUAAUUAAGAAAUUUGGGUUUUUUAAUAAAGACGUGAGUGAGGAAAUGAUCAAAAAUGGGAUUGGAAUAGUUUAUGAAGGUAAAACAAGUGCAGAAUUCGAUAACAAGAAAGAGAUGUAUGAAAAACACCAGGAAAACGCCAAAAAGAAGAAACUUGGACUUUGGGGAGUAAAGGGCAAAACUAUGACACCAGGUCAAUAUAAAAAGAUUUACAGAUAGUUGCUCAGUUCAAAAAAAACUUUUCAAAUCUCUCAUCUUAUCAGCAAUUUGGAGCUUCUGGCGUGGCACAUUAUAGGCACGUGAAGUACUAUUACUAAGAAAUUAUGCUAUAAAGUCAUGUGAUGUGUUGGUGGCCCUGUUUUUGGAUCGAUCAAUCGCUUUUGAU